GCUUUCAUUCGGUUUUGGAUGUUCGCGCUGUGCGUUUAGUUGCGGCUGCUGCGUGUUUUAACGGAAAUACCAAAUUAAAUAACGAAAAAAUACGUUCAAAUUUGAAGCUGUUUUUAAAAUGCGCUAACAGAACAACAACAAUAGUUAUUAAUGAAAUAUCAAAAUAGAUUUGAAAGUAAAUAAAAAAUUGUCGAGUGAAUUAUCAGGCUUGGAAAAAAAUCGUUAAACCGUUAUUCUCUUUAAUAAUUAACACUGAUUACGCCGCUUUAAAUACGCGGUAAAUUUUGCAUUUAAUACGAAGUUAAUUAAUAGCGUCUUUAUAACGCUCGGUGUGGCUAGACUUCAUUAAUAGCUGCUAUCUCUCUCUCUCUCACUCUGUGCGUGAGUGUGUGAGUGUGUGUGUGGGUGUGUGCGCGUAAAGGUGUGUAUGCCGCGCCUUGCGUCUGGCACAAUUUUCAUUAUCAGACGCUAAAAGGAUUACGAACCCGUUCAUCUCCAUCUUCAGCAGCAGCAGCAGCAGCAUCCUUGCUUUCCGCUUAGCCAAAUAUUUGCGAGCAUCCGCAAACGUUUUUGACAACUGCUGAACUUUGUCGGCGAACUUUGUGCGAUUGCGGAAAUUUCACAGUUGGUGCAGAGCCACACAAAAGUCUUGAAUUAUGAUGUCACAUCAGCAGCAGUUGCAGCAGCAGACACGUCGACGCUUGGGCUCCGUUAGCGACUCGGCGCCACCGUCGGAGUCCAGUGAGGGCACCGCCUCGUCGGAGCAGCGGGAUGAGCUGAUACUGCAUCCGGACUGGUCGGCCCACUCUCAGUCGUCGGCACAGCGCAGCAGCGCCCAUGGCACCACGUCGCUCUACAAUGCAUCCGACAUCGAUGCGGACACCAUCAGCACCGACACGAGCAGCAACACGAAUCUAUCGGAGUACGAGCGCGGCCAGGUGGAGAGCUUCUUUGCUGGCCUGGGCACCGAGAUCUUUGUCAGCGGUGCUCUGGCCAAUCUGUACGAGGGCACGGGCAACGAUGGCGACUGGCGUCUGGUCUUCACCGGCAUACCCGUGAUCCUGCACGACAAGGGCAACGCACGGGCUAGGUCCAUGCCGCGGCUAACACUGGUGCUGGCUGAGCGCGGCUCGUGCUUCGCACUGUGGUCUGAUCGUGUGGACAAUCUGUCGAAUUAUCGAAUUGCGGGACCCUCGUUUCACACCAUGUGCCUGUCCAGCAAUCAUCAGCAAAUGAUUGGCUUCAGCUUCGACUCAACAGAUGCGGCUCGCGAGCUCUGGCUGCACGUUGAGCGUCUGGUCAGCGAUCCCGAGAACAUUGCGCUCUCGGUGCCCGGGCGCAAGCAGAAGAAACAGAAGCGAGUCAAGCCGGCGCCGCUGCCGCCCAAGUCACAGAUCUCGCAUCCAUGCCAGUUCCAUCAUGUGACCAGCGUGGUGAAGGAGGAUAGCGAUCGGUACUACAGCAUGCAGGCGUUCGGUCCGCCCCAUGCGCAGCAGCAUCGUUGAUCAGGGUCGGGCGCGUGGAUCUGGAACACGAGCGCCCUCUGGUGGCAGAAUUAGACCCCACCCAACGAAUGACACGAAAAGAAAAUAAAAGAAAUGAAAUGAAAGAAACAAAACAUAACAAAAUUCCAGUCCCAAAACAAUUAAAAAUAUUACUUUAAAAAUUGGUUUAGUUUCUAGCUCUAAUUCUAUCUGAUAUAUGUACAUAUAUAAUUAUAUGUAUGUGUAUGUAUAUCUUUAUAUAUUAUUUGUUAUAGCCAGUUAGACCUAAGUUAUGCCAAUGUGCGUCCUAUACAGCUGUGUGGAUCGCGCAUUUAUCUGUGAUACCAUUUAGGCGUCUAUAUAUAUUGUAGACUUAGCAUUCGGCAUAUUGCAAAAAUCAAACAAAACAAAUAAAUUAAAAAUAAUAAAAUAUGAUUCAAUAGAUAAUAACAAAAAAUAACGAAAUAAUAAGUUGAAUCAAUAGAUUUAAGACAAUUCGAACGAGUUUUAUAACGUUUUCUAAUAUCGUCAACGUACAUCUGUCUAAAUACAAAAUAUAUGUAUGUGCAAAUCUAUAUAUAUAUAUAUGUAUAUUUAUAUAUAUAUAUAUAUAUAUAUACAACAAAUGGUUUAUAGCUAUGGAGUGUAUUCGGUCGUAUUUUGCAUUUUCUGCAUUCUUAGAAAUUAAAUACGUAGUUCAUCAAAUAAGUCCAUAUAAUCACUAAGCUUGUUUUCUUAACAAAUUUUUACUAACUGUUUUACAAAACUACAUACAUAUAUAUAGUAAAUAUAACACACAUAUAUAUAUAGCAUAUAUCUAUGAUUAUUACAAAUCGUAUGUACAUAGCUCUAAGCAUUACACAUUCAAAAAUCGAACCUAUGUAUUUCUUAAUCGUCAAAUUGCAUACGCGAAUGUCAAAAUCAAAUAAAGCUGAAAAAAAAUUAA